UCUGAUGGUAAACAAAAGUUCUAGGCAUGAUUUAGCCUCCUUAUGGCACUUACCAUUUUAUAUCGCUUUUGUUUCACCUUUUAAAUCUCUCUUUAUAAAAUGUCUGGUUAGCUUAAAGCCGUAAUGUCGGUGAAAAUAGCCGACUUUAACCAGCACAGCUAACGGAGCUGCUAACUUUACCUGCGUGUGUUUGUAUUUAGGGGGGAAAUGUGCUUCAAAGGGAGGAUAUUUGAAGAAAAAUGAAGAGAAAAGUGGCCAAAUUAAGACUGAGCCCCAACGAAGAGGCUCAGCUGGUGCGACAGGAGUAUGAACGGAGGAGAAAACUGCGAAUACAGCAGGUGCGGGAGCAGCAGCGGUACAUCGCGCUGCAGAUCCGCCAAGAUGUUGAGCAGAGACGACAGCGUGAAAUGGAGCAGCUGGAAGAGGAGCUGAGGAAGGACUGGGAGCGACAGCAGAGGGAGAAACUCCACACGCUGCAGAGGUUAUAUCAGGAGAGCCUCCAGCUGAUCGGCCAGGGUCACCGAAGUGCAAAAGAAAAUCAACCCGACUUGGAAGCCAUAGCUCGGAGGGACGAGGAAAAUCACUCCAAAGCAGAAGAGCGCUACAGAGAAGCCUUGAAGGAGCUCAAAUCACAGAGACUCAAAGACCAUGAGAGGCAAAGCAGAUCCGCCAAUGCCAGGAAGAAGGCACUGCAGACAGAAAAGGAAAGAUCAGCUAAAGUGGCCAGCCUCCCUCCACCUGCAAACCCCAUCCAGAACAUCGACUCCAAGAAGCCACACAUAGUAAAGAAAUCAGAUGUGAGUGCCUUUGCCGCUACGCAUUACCACAUGCCUGAAACCACCGUGGACAGAGAGGUGGACACAGAGCAGGGUAACGCUCACGAGGGAGCCGAGCUGGAGGGGAAGAGACUGCAGGACUUGCAAAGGGAGGAAGAGAGGAAGAGAGAGGAGCAGCUGGAGAAGGCCCAGCUCCGGGGGAAGCAGGCUCUGAGGAGGGAGCAGCUCACGCAGGACCGUGAGCGCUUGCUAGUUGAACUGGAGCACAUGCAGCAGACAGACCUGCUGAGGAGGAGGCAGCAGGUGUCACAGAUGCCUCCUCAGAUCUUCCAGCCUCUCUACAAGAGACAAGAGAUGAGGGACGACUUCCAGAGGGAGAUGGAGUUCGCCUUCGAGGACAUGUAUACUGGAGAGAGGAGGGUUAAAGGUGACCUCGUUGUCCAGCUGGUACCCGAGCCUCUGCCAGCUCCGUCCACAGGAAGCCAGGAUCAAGAGCUCGACGUCACGCUGGAUGAAAUCGCCACACCGGACGAAGAAAACGCACAUCGACGGAGAGCUGAGCAGGAAGCAGGAAGCACUGAGCAGGAAACUUCCUCUCAGGCGGAUCCGUCCAGACCUGCUCCCAGACGGGCGUUGAGGAAGCUCCUGGAUCGUAUCAGGAACCAGAGGAACCAGUGGACUAUCCACAGCGGCGGUGUCCCCGCGGCCGACUCACGGACCAUCGUCACAGAUCAGAUCCCUGAGCGCGACACGACGACCAUCGACACGGGCUCUCUGACCAGCGAGGAGAGAGACAGACCCGCCCCCAUCAAGCUCCCCGAGACCUCCCACUCACCACCAACGUUGGAGACAACAGAGCAGUCAGCUGCAGCAGAUACUCUACUUCCUGAUGUACUCGCCGACAGGAUCCAAGAAUUUGAAGAAGUGCGAAAGGAAAAGGAAGUGGAGCUGGAGAGGCAGAAGCAGCAGCAGAUGGUCUUACUGGAGGAACUGGAAGGGCAGAAAGCCAAACUGGAGCAGAUGCUGCUCGAGGCCCAGCAGGAGAGAGAAGACCUGAAGGCUGCUGUGGCCCAGGAAGUGCCUGUUAAACAACCAGAAGUACCUGUCCACGACCAGGAAGUCACACACAGGCUGGAGCCGGUGCCUCCCGCUGGUGAAGACGACCACACGAGAAGACUCAGAGAAUACCAACAACGGCUGCUGGAACAAAACAGGAUUCAUCAGAGGUCUGUGGAGGUUGCUCGACAGCGUCUGGAGGAAUACCAGCGAGCUCUACGAAUUCGUUACAACAUGACGGCUUCAUCGACGCUGCACACCGUCGUCCCUCCAGGCCACAUUUACCCUCCUCUACGCAACACUCAGUAUCUUCCAACUCCGCUGCAACCCACGACAACUCCCAGAGCGCCGGCACACUUCCCUACUAACCUGCAAACCCUCGCAGAAGUCCCCACGAGAGAGUCGGACAUUUUGGCUGCACCUCCUCAUCUCCCUGAGUCUAGGUUGCUUUCAGAUGAAGGUGAGUUUAUUUCAAACAGGAGUCGGGUACAGGAUGCCACUGUCCGGCUGACCAGCAGCAUAAUGGAGAGGGUAACGGAGCACCUUCCAGAGAGACUGAGACCCUCGUCUGUCACCACAGAGCCUUACAAACUGCUCACAUCCCGUCACUCGGCCACCGGUGCCCCACUCACGCCAGCUUUUGAUCACAUCCGAGACAACAGCCCGAACCUCACAGAUGUUGCACCUCUGGGUCAAAUAAGGGUUAAACCUGGGACUUUACCGUGUGGCUCCCUGCUGACCGGCUCUCUGAGAGAGGACGGCACGGAGCAUCGGAGACGAGAGCUUCAGGAGAUCCAGAGACGGGUGCUGCAGCAGAGGGAGGUGAUAGAGCUGCAGCGGAGGCAACAGGAAAAGGAGAGGCAGGGACGGGAGGAGCAGGGACGGGAGGAGCAGCGGAGGGAGGCGAUGGAGCUGCAGCAGAGGGAGGCGAUGGAGUUGCAGCGGAGGCAACUGGAAAACGAGAGGCAGAGACUGGAGGAGCUAGAGCGGAGGCAACAAGACAACGAGAGGCAGAGACGGGAGGAGCUGGAGCGGAGGCAACAAGACAACGAGAGGCAGAGACGGGAGGAGCUGGAGCGGAGGCAACAAGACAACGAGAGGCAGAGACGGGAGGAGCUGGAGCGGAGGCAACAAGACAACGAGAGGCAGAGACGGGAGGAGCUGGAGCGGAGGCAACAAGACAACGAGAGGCAGAGACGGGAGGAGCUGGAGCGGAGGCAACAAGACAACGAGAGGCAGAGACGGGAGGAGCUGGAGCGGAGACAGGAAGAGGAGAUGGGGCAGAUGAGACGGCAGAAGGAGGCGCUGGAGGCUCUGAUUGAUGCUGAUGCACAACCGACUCCAGAGGUCGCCAGUGAAGUGUUGGCUUCGGAGGACAUCGGUCAGACUCGUCUCAAAUUACUGGCGUCCCUGCUUAGAGCCAUCGAGGAGUCUAACGGAGGAACUCUGUCUCAACUGGAAACCCGUCAGGAGGAAGACAAAUCUCCUCCGCAACCACCGUCUACCACCAGUGAGACAGAUCCCGUCACUCAGAGCAGAGUUCCUGCUGGAUCUGCUCCAACCUCCGUCCUCCCCCCUCCUCCUCCUCGAGCAGCGAAGCCCCCGGUGACCCGCGUCAGAGUCGGCAUCAUGGAGAUGAACGAACAACAUGAGCUCAGUGCUAUUCAGGAGGUGGAGAGCCCAUUGAACGCCAGCCAGGUCACAGGCCCUGAAGACGGCAUGAAGACACUAACAGAAGCUGUAGGCUGGGAUCUGCAGGAGGAAUCUGAAUCUUACGUUGCCUCCGACGAGACCUCGCAGACCCCCUCGGUGUCGAGCAGCGAGCAGCAGACUGAUGAAAGACCGACCGCCUCAGUGAUGAACUCAAGAAGAUCCAGCUGGAGAGAGAGGCUGCUGACGGGGGCAGGAACAUCUCCAGAGUCCUCGAAGUCUGAUUCAAACCGUAGAAUCAUCUCACCGAUUUCCUCCGACUCUGGAAGAGGAGCCGAUUAUUCUGGUCUAGGAAUCGCCAGCUACAGAUCCUUCACAGAGUCUGCUCACAGGCCUCCUGAUUCAGACUGCCUCUCCUCCACCACCAUCUCCACCGGCAGCUACGUCACCACCGACCCGGAGCAGAACUUAAACGCUGAUGAAUCCGUACAUCACGUUCACCACACAGAACAAGAGGAAGAAGGAGGAGAAGAAGCACAUUUUCUCAACGUCUCCUCUCCAUCUUCCUCCGCUCGAAGCUCUGCUGCAGGCCGUCCCGGUCCGGCUGUAGACUCGCUGUUCAAUGAAAGCAGCAUCCAGCGCAUCAUCGACCGAUACACCAGAGAGCUGAACAUCUCCCUCAGUACUGCGGGGAAAACCACAGACAGUGAAGGUUCGUCUCUCGAGGAGCCCGGCUCUUCAGUGUCCCAGCAGUCUUUGGCUCGAGCGUCGGAGACUCGAGAAGAAGACGAAACAUCAGCUUCUCAUCCGUCUCUUCCUUCAGACACAUCAGCAGCACAGAGGAGCUCCCCGGAUGAUUCAGUCGACCCGGUCCUGGAUCCGUCUCUGGUGGAGGAGCAGGACUCUUUCAGACCUCUGAUCGGCCAGCUUGCAGAUCAGUCAUCCUGCCUCGCCGCCGAUCCCAGAGAGUCGACCAUGGAGCGGCUGGUCGGUCAACCCUCGGCUCACUCGUCCAUGAUCGGUCAGUUACCGGGUCUGUCGGCUUUGGUGAGCGCGCACCAAGGCGGAUGGGACUCCACUCUGAGUCGGAUGAUUGGUCGACUUUCGAUGGCGUCGAGCUCUCAUUGGCUGAGCGGCGGGCAGGACUUUUAUGCGGGUCAGCUGAUUUCUCAGAUGGACGUGGAGCAGUCGACCACCUGGGUGGACGAAGGUCCGGAGGAGAGCGGCAUGAGGCUGCUGGUGGCGGAGUUGGAUGAGACCACGGGCCAACAGAGUGCAAGCCCAGGUGAAAGAACCUCGGUGGAUCUCGGCGUCUCCACUGCGGCCGGCGUGCCUUCGUACCCAACGCUGCCUCCUGAAACAUCUGGUCCAGCUGUGACUCCACGACCGGAGUACCAGACCCAGCAGAGUCUCACCGGUCCAAUGGAAGCAAGUCCAGAGCGGACUGAAGUGUUUCCAGACUCCGUCUCAUUCCACCCGCUCCUGGCCGAAGUCACCCACAAUGAAACCAUCGACCCUUCAAUGAUGUUUCACCCUCCGGAUCACGACACGCCGAGCUCUCCUGAGGGACCCUCUCAGAGCAGAGACCGCAGCGUUUCCACUCACUCUGAAGACUUUGAGACCUGCACUAAUCCUUCGGUUGGGUCCGAACCGUCACCCGAGCGCCUCAGAGCGGAGGAGCGGUCCAGGUCGACGUCCGCCGCCGCCUCACACGAAUCCUUCUCCCAGCUGGUCACCUCCCAGUGUCUCCCACAUGAGUCCGUCCUCACUGUGUCUCCUACCGCUCAGCUAACGGUUCAAAGUCCGUCAAAUCUAACCGCGUGUGAUUCAACACCGACGCUCAGCAUGCCGCCGCCAGAGGAAAGGGAGGCGGACAGGAAGAGCGUCUCUGAGAAGGACGAAGGUUCAGGCCCGUUUAACGACCUCCCUGCAGAAGAACUUGAGUCGGUGCUGAGCUCAAACCUGAAGGAUGACGCUCCUUUCUCAGAUCGGAUAGCGGAAGCUGCCAGUAAGAAGGGGAUCCUGGAGGAGUCGGAGAUCACACUGGUGAGCGUGACGGACACCACGGUGGACAAAGACACGACCGUCUCCGAGGAAGAGGAAAUGUGGGAGGACAAACAUCCAGAGGGUUUCACAGAGGAAGGUCAGAGAGGCCAAGAGACCGAGGAGUCUGAAUCCACGUUAACGGACAUGACAGAGGCUUUAAAAGAGGAUGAAGACCAAACACGUCCAGCAACGCUCCUGGAGUUUGAGUGGGGUCCGAGCAGAGACCUGCAGGAAGUCCACCAGAGGAAGCGCAGAGCUCUCCUCCAGAAAUCAUCUCGCAGGGUGGAGGAAAUCAAAGCCAAAGCUGCUCUAGUCAAAAUCCAAGCCUCUACUGAAACCGGGAAGCAAUCUAAAGCUAAAGAGUCUACAUCAGUCGCCUGUAAGUCCAAAACUAAGUCAGAAAAGUCUCAAGACCUUCAGAGGAACCUUCAGACUGACGCCAAGUCAAAGGGAGGAAAGGCGGAGCAGACUGGAGAGAAAACCGCUCAGAAAUCCGGCUUCAUCAAGCAGAAAAAGUCCCAGCUUCCUCCUGCAGUGAGUGAUUCCAGGCUGAAGACUGUGGAUGAAGUGAGGAUCUGCCAACCUGAUCAAAGGAGACGGGAGGUGACCGAGAUGCACCGACGAACUCAGAGACUGUAUGAGCAGCUGGAGGAGGUGAAGCAUCAGAAGGAAGUCCGCAGCAGACAGGAAGCGUCCGCCAAAAACCGACUAAAGGCCCAAGAGUUCCACAAGAAAACUUUGCAGAAACUUCGUGCCAAGCAGACUCAGCGUUGAUCGACUUUGAAUGUGUAGAUUUUUUUAAAAACUUUUUGUACAUUUUAAGUUAACUUUUGUAAAAUGAUCAAUAAAGCUUUUAAGUUAUUUAAGCUGCUUUUUGCA